UCCAGAGCUGCCACCGGCUGGUGUUCAUUGUGUUGGUGGUCCGCAAAAUAGAAAACACUCGGAUGAGUAAAAAUAGUUUUGACUGGAGCCUGUGCUGGAGUGAAGUUUCAGAAGACUGCUGGAUCCUGAGGAUGGACAAGAUGUUGCAGAGGUAGAACAUCCCCCAACUCCUGGCUUUUAAUUUUUGCAUUAGGACACAAGUAGAGUACCACUCCCCCAUCUCCAUGUUAAAUGAGCAAUGAAGAAGAUGAUGAUCCAGGCCUCCUGUAGGAAAAGUCUGCAGGUGUGUUUACUCCUGCUGCUGGUGGGAGGACUACAGGGCAGGGUAACUGCACCAGAGCGUCUGGAAGCUCCAGUGGAGAAGCCCUUCACUCUGACCUGCAGUGUUUCCAGGGAGCGAGGUGAAUCCCUGAGGCAGGUGCGCUGGCUGGAUGUCCAGAACCAGACCCUGCUGAGCUACCAACCCGGCAACAAAGACAGUGUGAGCGGACAGCAGCAUGUGGAGCUCGCUGCAUCCCCAAAGGACACCUCAGCCAUCACCAUCCGCAGGGUGGGCUUCCGCGAUGAAGGCUGCUACACCUGCAUCUUUGACAUGCAUCCUUCUGGUUCAAAGCAGGGACAGACCUGCCUCACUGUUACCGCACAAGUCACAGUUGACAACAACAAGACAGCAGUAAGCGGCAAGAAGGCGUCCCUCUCGUGCUCCUACGGUUUGCCCGAAAAGGUGCAGCAGAUCCUAUGGAGAUACACUCCUGCACAAGGAGGCUCCACAGAGGUGGCCUCCUUUGCAAAGCGGAGUGACCCCAUGAUUGAGCCACCGUACCAGGGAAGGGUCUGGCUCAGUGCCUCCCUGUCCCAUAGCCAGCUCACCAUCCAACCUGUGUCUAUCCAGGACGAGGGCUGCUACACCUGCCUGUACAACACACAUCCUGGCGAACCGAAGAGCUCCACAGUUUGCCUCUCCACCUAUGUGCUGCCCAAACCCCAGGUGAGCUACAAGACCACCUCUCCAGGUGUGAUCGAGGCCAACUGCACCUGUGUGUCGCGUCCCCCGGCAGAGAUUGUGUGGAACGUGGAGACAGAUAACCGCACCAUGGGCCCCCCUGUGACCACACAGCUCCCACAGGGCGACGGGACCACUCUGGUCAUCAGUACACUGACCGUCCAGUCCGGGCUGCUGAAAGAUGUGUCCGUCAAAUGCUUGGUGCACCACAAAGGGCUUGAGUCACCGAUUGCUGUAUCCAUGAACACUAAAAUUGGGACGGCUCUCACCAUCCUGAUCUCAGUCACCACAGUAGCAGCUCUGUUGGUCAUGUCCCUCUGCUUCUGCCUUUGGAAGUGUUUUUUGCGCAAAGAAGUGGAUUAAUUUUUCAGACCAGACCAGAGCCUGAAAAGAAGAGGCAGUGCUUCUCAGAGCCAACCUUGCAGAACUGAUUCCCUGCAUCAUCAUCAUCAUCAAUAUCAUCAUCAUCAUCUUGGUACAAAGGGAAGAUGUUCUGACACACCUCUAUACAAUCCUAUUUAUGAGCACCAACCGUAGGACAUUCAACUCUGCUCUUCUGCCUCUACAUCUGACUCUCAUAUAAAAUCCAGGCUGUCCUCACAUGAAGGCUGUGUGGAAAUGUGUGACUGGAUCAUGUUUUUCUCUCUGGCUCUGUAAUUGAUUCAGUUGAUAGCUACAGAUUCCACAACAAACAGCAGAGUCACUGAAAUUAAAGUAUAGCGAUUUUGUUUUUACAACAUCUUUCAUGUCUGUAAAAUACUUUCCUCCGUUUGUCUCUGUCUUUUACCUGGUCCUUAGAAUAACUCUGGUGUCAUUUUAUAUUUUUCAUAUUCAAGAAAUCUCAUGAAAAGACCAAAAAAGUGACAUGAACAUGAGCACUGUUGUUUAGUUUACAUCGACACUAUAGGCACCAUUGUGCUUCUGUAAAUUCUCACUAUCAUACCAAAUGUGUAUUAAUCUGUGGCUGAAAGUAGUCCCCAACAAAUGCACUAUUUACUGCUGUUUGAGUAGCAUUUACUAAAAACUAUAGUGCUCAGCUGUAUUAGGAAAUUAUUUAGCUUUUUUAGAUGUUGAACCCACAUUUUCAUGCCUUAUUUUAAAAAGUUUGUGUCUCAGUUACAUUAAUUCCCACGGCAAACCAGUAUUGUAGCAAUGGACUAAUGAUGAUUGAUAUACACUGCUCAGUGUUUGAUAUAUUUGGUACGUUCAUGGGAUUUGUGACUAUAGUAAAAAUAUAGAAUAUUGCCAGCCUUAUUUAUUAAAAUAACACAGCUAACUGUCAAUAUGAGCUUCCGCUUAAGGGUUUUCUUGUCCUUGUACCUGUGUAUUGUGAAAGCUGGGUGGGGUCAUGGGUAGUCUUCAUAAGAUAAACUAAAAUGACUGCAUGCAUAUGUCUUGUUUAUAUAAUAUCUAUUGCAAACUUUUCUACAUGUUUUGGCUGUUUGUGUGUGUGUGUGUGUGUGUGCGUGUGUGUGUGUGUGUGUGUCCGUGUGUGUGUGUGUGUGUGUGUGUGUGUGUUCUGUGAGUGUGGAGAGAUGUUAAAUUCCAUGGACAGAUAGCUUGAAUCAAUUCCCAGAGGAAGCGAUGCUGAAACCUUUUCGGUGCCUCUGAAAGGAAUGUGUGUCUUGUUGCCAGUCUACAUCAUAGAGUCGGAUGAGGUCCUGUGUGAACUCUGGUUGGGUUGUGUGGAUUUUGAGGUGGGGUGGCUUACUGGUAUAUUAUUUGGGGGCUGCAGGUAAAACAACCAAACAAGCCACUCUGCUCCUCUAAAACUAUGCUUGAGCAAAACCCUAAAGGCCAGCUCUCAUUUCUGUUGCUCUGGAUCAAAGCAGCGCCUACAUCGCUAAAAUAUAAUGUAAUAAUGCUUCUGGGAUAUAUUAUGUUUGUACAUCUACAUGCACUUACAAAUGUAAGCUUCAUCCUGAAAUAGUCUUGCAUAUCAAAGCAUAGGAUUUGAAUCUGUCAUUUAUUUACUUUAUCAGCAGGAGAAUGACAUGCAGGUUAUCAGACUUUAAGCUCAGUUAGCUUACACUACAAUAACUCUGAAAUAUGUUUCAGAUUACUUUUUGAAUAAAUGGAAAUGUGUUGCAGCAUUCAGUCCUGUAUAGUGCAACUGUAGCCCAGAAAAAAAGAGGAAAAGAUGAAACAGUGCAUUAUGACCAACUAUGUAAACUUGAUAUAAUAGAUACAACAAACAGAAUAAUAAAAAUAUAAAACAUAAUAA